UUCCCAGACGCCCCUUCGCGGCGGGCACGGCCGCCGGAGCCCGCCGCGAGCCGGGCGCAGAGUCCAAGGCUCACCGCUGGGCGCCAUGGCCGAGUGGGGCGAGCGGCUGGCCGGCGUGCGCGGGGUGCUGCUGGACAUCUCGGGCGUGCUUUAUGACGGCGACGCGGGCGGCGGCACGCCCAUCUCCGGCUCCGUGGAGGCGGUGGCGAGACUGAAGCGGUCCCAUCUGAAGGUGAGAUUCUGCACCAACGAGUCGCAGAAGUCCCGUGGAAAGUUGGUGGGGAGGCUGCGGCAGCUGGGAUUUGACAUCUGCGAGGAGGAGGUGACCGCCCCGGCACCAGCCGCCUGCCAGAUCCUGAAGGAACAAGGCCUGCGGCCACACCUGCUCAUCCAUGACGAAGUCCGCUCAGAGUUUGAUCAGAUCGACACGUCCAACCCAAACUGUGUCGUGAUUGGAGAUGCCGGAGAAGCCUUUUCCUAUCAGAACAUGAAUAAAGCCUUUCAAGUGCUCAUGGAGCUGGAGAAGCCUGUGCUCAUCUCUCUGGGAAGAGGACGCUAUUACAAGGAGACCUCUGGCCUGAUGCUGGACGUCGGUGGUUACAUGAAGGCACUCGAGUAUGCCUGUGGCAUCAAGGCCGAGGUGGUGGGGAAACCUUCUCCGGAGUUUUUCAAGUCUGCCCUGCGAGCGAUUGGGGUAGAAGCCCCCCAGGCCAUCAUGAUUGGGGAUGAUAUCGUGGGUGACGUCGGCGGUGCCCAGCGGUGUGGAAUGAGAGCCCUGCAGGUGCGGACUGGAAAGUUCAGGCCCGGUGAUGAGCACCACCCGGAAGUGAAGGCUGACGGGUACGUGGACAACCUCGCAGAGGCUGUGGACCUGCUGCUGCGUCACGCGGACCAGUGACAGGCUUCGGGCGGGCUCCAGCCCGCGUCCGCCCCCCCCUCCCCCCCCCCCACCGCCCAAGUGCCCAAACCACCCAGCCUGAGCCCCUUCCUCUGCCUCCCGCUGCUGGCCCGGCCUCCUGGGAAGAGGGCUGUUCCCUCUCUGCGUGGCCCGCUUCCCUGCCGGGCGCGCCCCGAGUUCCUGAAUUCACUUGAAUCCACUCACACGUCACCUGCGCCUGAUCCUUGAAGUGAGAAAGCCCCACCGAGCUGGAUUCAGAGGCCCUGUGCCCACUGCCUCCUCAUCCAACCCCCCUGGCAUGACAGUGAGGAGCCUGGCAGAAACCCAGGGGCGCCGUGCACAGAUCGUGCCGCCCAGGACCAAGCGGGCCUCCCUGGGAAGGCCUGUCACCCAGCCCCAGCCCGCCCCAAAGCAAUGCCAGCCCGCCUCUCUUAUUGUCUCCACCGGUCACCUUGGUGAACAAAGGCUGGGGGCAGUGCCCGGGGGCACUUCGAAGACGGCCGUCCUAAGAGCAAGAAUGUUCACCUCUGCUGCCCAGGCUCAGCACGUCCUUUCCGGAGUCGAGGCAGGAUAGGCUUGAAGAUGUCUUGCCCAGGGUGUGAGGAGGAAACCCGUGGCUCAAUAAACCCUGCCCUGACGA